AAUGCAUUCAUUUUCACCGAAACUUUGCGCGAAUUUGUUCUCGCGACAUAAAAUUCGAAAUAACUCCAUCUGGAAUCUUCGAUUGUCUUGAAAACAAGCUACAAGAGUUGUCUGACAAUGGGCUCUCCCGAACAACGCUCGAAAGUGCUGGGACAACUGGACUAGGCUUGUAUUUACUCAUGCUAAUUCCGUGUUUUUUCAUUGUAAAGAUAGUCGGAACGUUCUAGUCAACUUCGGUCGCCGACCGGAACGUCACAAUAACAUGGUUUUGGCUGGGUGAGACGAAUUCCCCUCAAAGAAUUUUAGAAAGUGCACCUACUAACCACAUAUUCUGUGGACUGUCUCUCUAAAGUGGUUGUGAUAUGUUUUGAGAUCUAUGGGCAAUUCCUAGCCGCAGCAGAAAAUUUUCAAGCUGCACAUGGCUGACUCAAAGUCUCACCAAACAUUGGUCAACCUUCUUCAAGAUGGUUUGAACGGAAGUGAGACUAUGUACUGCGACAUCGUAAAUUCAAAUUUAUUUGACGACUUUUUCAAAGAGGGAAAUUUGGAAGAGAGCUUAUCAGAUGCAAGUACAGAAAUCGUACGAAUAGCUACGUUUGAAGUUGGAAACUAUAAACCUGAGGAAGUGACUUGGAAAAUAGAAGAUGGGAGCAUUUGCAUUCGCGGGCAAAAAUCAAAGAGUACGGCGACUGGAGCAACAGGGAGUAAAUUUUGUCGAUGUGUUCCUAUCCCCGAAAAUAUAAUUGCUAAGACAGUAACGGCCCGAUUUUGCGUCGGAGGUGGGCUUUUGGUUGUAGAGGGCAAGAAACAAAAGCGACCUCCCCCUCUCAAACGCAAAACAAGCAAGACGGCAUUUUUUGGAGACUCCCAUUUCAGUCUGUCCGUGGAUCUCGGCGAUGGCGUCCCCGUAACUAAGAGCUUGAGUUAUGAGGUCCAAGAGAAACAACCCAAAGAAGAAAGAGUGCAAUUAUUUUGAUGAUAACGUGACGAGAAAAUUAAUCAUUCGUCGGGAGAAUAAAAAUUAAAUGACUCUUAUUUCCAGAUGAGUUAACAAGCAAAAGAAGACGAGGCGAAUCUGCAGCGCAAGAAACAUGAAAUCUUUGGUUACGCUUUCGAGUCCAGAUUAUAAAUUCCGUAUCUUGUCACGUCUUAUUGAAGAAAAACUAUCAAAUGACAGAAAUCGAAGAAAGACAAAAAGACGUAAACUAAAACGAAGCUAAAGACAAGAACUGUUCGUUAAGUUCCAAACGGUUUGAAUGAAACGGAAUGUUCCAGUUUUUUCUCAAGAAAAACUGAAAACAAACAUUUUGAAUAGUUUUCAAAACAAUCAGCAAACCAAAGUUCAAUCGAUUUACAAAAAUACCGAAGGUAAUUACAAAAAUAUUUGGUCUACGAGAGACUUCCAGAAGUGGGAAAAAAGCCCCAGAAAAAAGUUUAAAUUCAAUAACAAUAAAGGUUUUAAGGAAUAAUACUAAUCUUCUCCAAUUGUGAAAAUUAAUUUUAGCUAGAGGUUUUCUUGAAUAGAAAUUUAUUGCGGCUUCUAGAAAGUCAUUAAUCUUCCUUCGAAAAUUCGAAUUAUUGGAAACGUCAACUUUCCUGAAGUAGAUAAUAUUGAAUUCAACAUGGUAUGAAUUAUUGAUAUAAAUAAGGGUAUUAACCUAGAUUACAUGAAUUUGCUACUUGAAUAACAAGGACUUUUGUUUCUUUUGCAGUCAUGAAUAAUUUGACGUUUCUAGAAAGGUCUCCCAAUUUAUUGAAUCUUACAAUCUCCGAAAUCAAAUCGAAAGUCAACUUAAACAGACUCCCAGUAAGAACGCAUUUUUGAAAAUCAGUUGGACAAAAGAGUUUGGACAAAUCUGUGGUUUUGGGGUGUUUAGUUAUUGCGAAAAGUUAGACAUUAGAUUUUUAGAAACGCUUUGCACCAGACUCCAUUUUGUAUGUACUUCUUCGAGCAGAGAUUAAAAAAUUGUAAAAAUGGCAGAGCGGAGAUUAAGAAAUUGUCGGCUCAUGCCUUCAAGCAAGGCACUUGGUAGCGAAGACUGCACUCAGGGCCGUAACCAGAACUUUUACAGGGAGGGUGCACAUCGAAUAAAAUCGGACCAUCGAUCGUUUUUUUUUUUAUAACCAACUCAGUGGCGUAACUAUGGCACUUGCAGGGAGGUGCACAGACAAUAAUUUGCAGAACCAAAAAGAAAUAAGAAGGUAACCAAAAGAACGCAGAACCAAAAAAGAARAAAAAAAAA